AAAAUACAUACACAAGCAGAGCAAAAACGCCGUGAGAACGUCGAAGUGAAGUGCCUGAGAGAGAGAGAGAGAGAGAGGAAAGAGAGAGAUGCAGCGAAUAGAGGGACAGAGUUGUACACCACAAGGUCGCUACACACUACAACCAUGUCGAUACUCAAGCGAAGACAUACUCUUCUGCAUCGAUUCAGACUCCGAAUCACUCGUUGAAAUGAAAGUUACAGGCCCCAGUGGCCGACCCAUCACCAGACUCGACUCCAUCAAGCAAUCCAUCAUCCUCUUCAUCAAUGCCAAGCUCUCCAUCAACCCCGACCACCACUUCGCCUUCGCUUCUCUCUCAAAAUCUGCUUCCUGGCUUCGGAAAGAGUUCAGCAGUGAAGUUGACUCUGCAAUGGCUGCUUUUCGGGGGUUGUCAGUUGAUUCAUCCUCUGGUCAUGCAGAUCUCACUCAGUUAUUUCGAAUUGCAGCUCAUGAAGCAAAGAAAUCCCGUGCACAAAAUCGAAUUCUCAGAGUGAUCCUAAUCUACUGCAGAUCCUCCAUACAACCACAAUACCAAUGGCCCGCAAACCAGAAACUCUUCACUUUCGAUGUGAUCUACCUUCAUGACAAGCCUGGACCUGACAAUUGUCCCCAGAAGGUUUACGAUGCCUUAGUGGAUGCUCUUGAACAAGUUACAGAGUACGAGGGUUACAUCUUGGAAAGUGGGCAGGGGAUGACACGUGUCCUCUUCCGUUACAUGUGUAUGCUUUUGUCACAUCCUCAGCAACGGUGUGUGCAAGACAACAUUGAUAUUCCCAAGUCCCUUGUGAAAAAGUCGCCCACAGUUGACUCUGCACAGGGUGAAGAAAAUGUUACUGUUUUGUCCAUGCAGUGAGAAUAUUAACAGUGAAGUCUUCGUUGUACUGGAUGAUUGGUUUUCAUAUACCCUAGGUUUAUUUUUAAGCAAUAUGUUGCUGUAAUUUUUAUCUUUUUUUUCAGUGUGUAAGCCAAUGCACCUUCUUUCUGAAUGGAUAGUGUGCAUUUGUUUUUUUGGGUAGUGGAAAAUCUGAAUGCAUUUUCAAAUCA